GGUGCCGGGCCUGCGGUGCCGGGGAUGGCGGACGGCGGCGGGGGAGCGGCGCCCACACCCCCGGGGCCCCCCGCGGGGCUCUCGGCGUCCCAGCGCCGCGCCGAGCUGCGCCGCAGGAAGCUGCUCAUGAACUCGGAGGAGCGGAUCAACCGCAUCAUGGGCUUCCACCGGCCCGCGGCGGGCAAGGAUGAUGAAAGUCACGCAGAAUCAAAGCUUCAGCACGAGCAAGAUAAAUCAAACUCCCUUCCCAUUCCUUCAGUUUCCAAGCGGAUUGUGCUUGGCGAUUCUGUGUGUAAUGUGACAGGCUCGACUGACCAYGCAGGCAGCAUGGCAGAGCUCAGAGGGGACAAGGACUUGUUUGGUAAAGCCCCAGAGCUGGUCACUGAGGGGACAGGCGAACUUCGUCACCGUCACAGGGGGGACCUGCCCUCUGAGGCUGCACCACGGCCUCCGAGACACGGCUUAGAGCAGUACCUGUCCAGAUUUGACGAAGCCCUAAAGCUGAGGAACCAGCUGAUGAGYGAGAAGCCGAGCCAAGAGAAUGGGAAUGCAGCGGAGGAGUUUGACUCUUUCCGCAUUUUCAGAUUGGUGGGAUGUGCUCUGCUCGCCAUCGCGGUCAGAGCUUUUGUGUGCAAGUACCUGUCAAUAUUUGCACCAUUUCUUACUCUACAACUUGCUUUCAUGGGACUGUCCAAGUACUUUCCAAAGUGUGAGAAGAAGGUAAAAACAACAGUAUUGACUGCUGCUCUUCUCCUGUCUGGAAUCCCUGCAGAAGUGAUCAGUCGCUCCAUGGACACCUACAGCAAAAUGGGAGAUGUUUUCACAGACCUCUGUGUCUAUUUCUUYACUUUUAUCUUUUGCCAUGAACUUACUUUGGUUUUUGGCUCUGAAGUACCAUGAUGGCUGUAGAAUUCCACAAGUAACUACACUAAAGCUUUCUGGACUGUGUUCCUUUAAAAUCUGACUGUCCAGGCAGGUCUAAACCUUCAUUAAAAUUCUUACCUGUUCAAAUGCUUGAAAGGAGCCUUAAAUCCAAUAAUUUUGGGAAAGGGAGAGCAGGGUCCCAGACUGCAAGCUGUGUUGAUUCAGAUUAUUUAAGUACUGUGUCUGCGUAUUACAAAUGUGAAGGCUAGGACGCAAGUGUCAGUGGAUGAUUUAUUUGCUUUAGUUAGAUGAUGCCCUUUUCAGCCUCCUCCAUAAACAUUUGCAAAGCUGCUUUUGUUCUUUUCAAGUGAGAACAAGAAARGAGUUCCCUUCAGCAGAACAAUAAAUAUGUGUAUAUCCUGUAAGACUAUAGCUAACAAAAACUAUAGCUGCUCAUUUUGUGGUGUUCCCAUUUUUUAAAGAAAGCUCUCAAUGAAAGAAAUGCCUGUAUUCUCUUCAAAUGUUUAAGUUCAGAAUGUUGAACCAAGUAGCUGCUUCUGGAGAAUGUUGGUGAAAAUUGACACUUUCUUGUCCUGAUCCUUGCCUUGCUAUACAUGAUUGUUGUGAUUUUAAUUAA